ACGCCUAGUGUUGUUGUUGGUGACCUAGUCCAAAAGGAAAAGGAAAAAGAUCAAUGUUUUAAAAAUGAUUGUGUAAAUGAUACAAAUGUUGACUUAAUCCAAUUAUUUAAGAGGUUUCCAUUAACGAUAAUGGAAAACUCUACGGCAGUUUCCCCACAGUGUCAACACGCGUACGCCCGAUUUUUGGAAGGAGUUAAAAAACAUAAUUAUGACGACGUAAAAAUGUUAGAUGCAACUGGGAAAUUAUCGUCGGGCCUUUUAAACGGAAACGUAAAUCAAUUCGGCGAUUUUGACGAAUGUAUGGAAUUAUCAAACGCUCAAUACUGCUUAGCAGAUGUCGACGUAAAACACUUGAUGACAGGACCUUUAGAGCGUUACAAAAAUCGUAUCCAUUCUCAUUUUGCUAUAGUCGAAGAUUUUACUGAUAAAACACACAGGACACCAGGUUUUGCAAAUAUUCGUUGGGGAUUUUGCAUACCGAAAGAGUGUUCAAGUGACGACUUAAAAACGAGUUUGGAGAAUACUAUAGGUGUAAAAGUAUUAAUUAGAGAACACAUGUGCCAGUCUAACGAAAUUCAAGAAGACACAUCCUUUGGUUAUAAAUUUACAAGAUGGUACUUUAUUACAAUUAUUUCUUUAGUUAUAUUGGCUACAGUUUUCAAUAACUUAUUUCAAAGCAAUUCAAAUUAUUUCACGAGAUUUAUAUACUGUUUUUCUAUACAAAGAAAUUGGAAUAAUAUGAAGACAGUAAAAGACGAAAACGACAAAAAUGAUUUCGCAGUAGUUCAUGGUCUUCGUGCCUUAAGUGCAAUUGGAUUAUUGGUUUCGCAUAAAAGUAUGGCACUACAGUUUAAUCCAUACAUGAAUAGAACUAAAUUUGUUGAGAUGACCGCAGCGUGGUGGAGUGUUUUUGCGAGAAACGCUGUUGUGUACACAGAAAACUUCAUCGGGAUCGCUGGAUUACUGAACGCGAAUGCUAUGUUUAAUGAUUUACAAAAGCACAACGAACUAAAGUUAAAGGAUAAAAUGAUUAACAGACUUUUUAGGAUAGUGCCAAAUUUUCUAACCAUUAUUUUAUUUUACACAUACAUAAUGCCACAAUGGAAUUCAGGACCACAAUGGCCUUUAGUAGUAAAACAUCACUCCGAAUUAUGCAAGCAAUAUAUGUGGAGGAAUAUGCUCUUUAUUCAUAAUUACUUCGGCUUCGAAAAUAUGUGCAUGAACCACACUCACCAAAUUGGCACAGACAUGCAAUUGUACUUGGUUACGCCAAUUUUCGUUUUAUUGUUGUGGCGCAAACCUAAACUUGGUUUAAUAGUUGCAAUCGCAGCAGGAUUGUUGUCUACAUUUUUGCGUUUUUGGGCAACUUAUACUUAUAGUUUAAGUUAUAUUGUAUAUUUUGGAAUUUCGGUGUCGAGUUUAUUUAACGUAGCCAAUUAUUCAUAUAUUUUACCAACUCAUAGAGCAACAGUUUAUUUAGCAGGCAUUAUACUAGCGUAUUCAUUAAAAAAGAGGGAUCCAAAUACACAAUAUUCAAAUGUUCAUCUUUUGUUAUUUUGGAGCAUCUUUUUCCCAUGCAUAUUUUCAUGUUGGUUUGGACCUUAUUAUAUGGGACUAGAAACAUUUAAAUACGACCAUUUGGAACAGGCAACUUAUGCAGCUUUUUGUCCCUUAGCUUGGUCAGUUGUUGGUAUAUAUUUCUUAUAUCUUGCUAUCAAUGGACAUGGAGGUUGGUUUGGAGCUAUUUUUAGUUGGAACCGUUGGAAGUAUUUUACUAAAAUUGCAUACUCAUUUUACUUGGUACAGUUUCCCAUAUUCUUUUAUAAUGUGGGAAAAAGAAAAUAUGUUGAGCAAUAUAGUCCAUCCAUACUUUUUGAGCUGUAUGAAGUAACCGAGGUAGUUUUAUGGUCGAUAACUCUUACUUUAUUCGUAGAGAUGCCCUUCCAAAAUCUGAAGAAAGUAUUAUUUAAUCAAGAUGUGGUUUCUACGAAACCAAAGACUGAAGUUUCUAUAAGGAGAAGUAGUAUAAAAGCUUAAUUAUGUAAAUAAAACUAGUAAAUAAAAUAGUAUUUUAUUUAUUCUUCAUAAGUCAUUUC